AAUGGAUCAAAGCAUAUGCCUUAUCAAUGGGUGCUGGUUCGAAAGUCUAUGAUUCCUUUAAUAACAUAGGAAGUCCUUCGUCCUGGAAUGUGGACGAAUGCAGAGGUAGCUUCUGUCCUAACUUCUUCCGACAUACUAUUCUCGAUUUCUGGGACCAUCUUUCAGUUGAUGAGGUGAAACUAGUGAUUUACAAAAACAAAACAGCUGUGGUCAAUAUGGUGUUCAAUGGACGAAAUACAAACCUUCGAAACUGGUUCUCGCGUGAAAAGCUGAAAAGCUCUCCUUGGUCCGACCUACCUGCAGCUGGUGUCAAUCUCUUCGCAAUGAAUAGAUUUCAUCAAAGACGUAAUUUCUAUAUAUCGUCUUUGCAUAAUGGUUGUGAAGCAGACAAAGGUUGGCUCUAUGUUUUGGAAAUUGCUCACUGUGAAUUUGAGAAACGUAUUCCUCUUCCUGUCAUAAUUUACUCAGGUGACAAUUCGAGAAUUAGAUGGAAUAACAAUUUUGAAAAAGCUGAUUCCAUGGCCAUCUUCAUCCGCUUGGAAGAGUAACUAACCAAUCAAAAGAUCUGUUUUAUACAACAUGACCACACGGCUUCUAUCAACCAAAUUCACUCACAAAUAAUUAGUUGUAUAGUAAAACCCGGGAUUAUAAGUAGAAGAUACUUGUCUAAGUUGCUACACAGUAGGAUUAAACCCGAAAGCACAUAGUUCCGAAGCUUGCUUUGUAACUGCACAACCACGCAUGUAACUAUGCGUGUGUGUAUGUGCAUAUGUAUGCAUGCUUAUUAUAUAUAUAUGUGUGUGUGUGUGUGUGUGUGUGUGUGUGUGUGUGUGCAUGUGCACUCAUACAGGGUGUCCAAGAAUUAAGUAUUUCAGUGAAAUCGGAAAAUUCUUUAGGAAACUUAUUUUUACUUACGUUUAUCCUGUUUAAUAUCUGUCAAAAACGUAUAAAUUUUUAAUUUUGUCUAUAAUUUCAUAAUUUUUCUCAUUUUUUAAAAUAACUUUUACAUUCCUGUUGGAUCCCGCUUAUCUGGCCACGACAGCAUUGUUUUCAAUUUUGUUCAAAUCAUUUUCUAUAGCUCCACCCCCAGAAUGGAGCAAUAGUUUGGUUAGACUUAAAGAAGGCAUUCAGUUAGCAGUGCAGGAGGUAUUUCUUAAAAUGCUUCAAUUUGUGUUUCGUAAUGCUAAGGACAGAUUUGAAACUUAGAAGGAUUCAGACGGAGCACAUGUUGUAAAUUUUGCAAUAUAGUUUUGACGUAAGGUUUAUAAAUUCUGUUUGAUUUCGUAUCAUAAUUAACUAAUACUCAUAAAAAAUUUUUCAGCUUUAUUUAAAAUAAUUUAUUCGAUUUCAAUGAACUAGAAAGUUAACUCUGGGACACCCUGUUUGUGGUACUCCUGCUUAUAUGUAUGUUUAUAUAUUCAUAUAUUCUUUAACCUUUUUCUUUACAUAAUUCAUUUUACUGUAUUUUUUAUUUAUUCAUUUAUUGAACUGCUCAACAGGCAAACAAUUUGAAAACAAUCAAUAUUCAUAAUCGACGUGAUCCUGUACGUUUUUUGUUUCUAAUUUCGUCUAGAACAAUCCAGUGAUAAUUAUAUUAAUCAUUUCAAUCGGUAUCUAUGUGAAUAUAAACACCCCACUCACCCACACAAUUUGAAACGUGUUUGGUCAGAUAAGUGACAGUGCACGAAACUCUCUUCACUUGAGUCACGUUGUAACUUCUAGUGAUUAAAUAAAAAUAAAUUAAUAUA